AUGAUGUUGCAGGGGGCUUUUUACAACAGAUUUGAUCCUACAGAUUUAUUCACGAGAGGCUUUGAACGAGUUCCACAGAGAUUUACUGGCAAAUAUAACAGUCACAGUAUGAGUGCUGAUUUGAAGAAUAAGGACGACGAUAACGAAGAGGAUGAGGGAGUCUGGGCCCCAGAUAUCGAAAACGCUUUCCAAGACGCUCUACGAAUCUACCCACCAUGCGGUCGAAGAAAAAUCAUACUUUCUGAUGAAGGAAAGAUGUACGGUCGAAAUGAGCUUAUCGCGAGAUAUAUUUACAUGACAACUGGGAAACGACGGACAAGAAAGCAGGUUUCUUCUCACAUACAGGUGCUUCAUCGGAGACAACUUCGGGAGCAACACGCGGGACUUAAAAACUCUUCCGGAAUCACAAACGCAUUCAACUGGGGCAACCUAGCCGGUUAUCCUUUUGUAUGGCCGAAGCAUCCUUCCAACGACGUUGGAGGCUUGAAAUACCCGCCGAAUCUGGCCGACUAUGGGAUGCUGGGAGCUCAGACGCCGCCGUCCCGGAAAAUUGGCUCUUCCCGUCUCAAGAUUGGCGAAAUUAAAAUGAUGACAUCGAAAUUUGGUGAAAAUGAGAUGGAGUUUGGUGGCGAACAAACCAAGGAUCACGUGCUGCUAAAUUUCGACGCGAAUGUUCUUCCUGAACAAUUGGAAUCGGUUGAGUUGAAGAUCGUCUCCGAUUUGCUUCCCGAAACCAACCCCAAAGAAGCUCUGGACAAGUUGUACCUUGAAGCAACUCCUGAUAGCAUGUUCCUGAUCAAAUUCUGGGCUGACCUAGAACUUCCACCUGCUCAAAAAGACUCCCGCAAAUUCAAAUUCCUCAAACACUUUGAAUCCCCUGAGCUGUGUUUGCAAACUCUUCAAGUCACAACAAAAGUCUGGUCACAUGAGAAAUUGAUGCUUAGAAAGACAGAGUUGAUGAUGGGAAGACCAGAAGGAACAGCCAAUGCAUUCAAAAAUGACUCUACUUCCGUCUGCGCAUUUCUCAAGAAGUUUAUGGAAAGAGUUCUGACUCUCCCCGAUCAGACAUCAAAGAAAAACGUACUUGAGGACUUAUGGGUUUUGAUGACAGUGCGCGAUACAAAAUCACAGGAACUGAUCCUGACGCUUUGCCUCUGCUUUGAUGUCUCGCAGACAGGCCACACUGGAACGACCAUGUACCAGAUCAAAGACAUGAACCACUUGAAACAAGAACUUCCCGAUAUGCACUGA